AACACUACAUUCCAUAAAAUGGUAAAAACUUUUUCCGGAGACUGUAGUCUAGAAAAGAAAAUCUUUAUUUGAAAAUAAAAUUUCUUUCUUUGUCCCUUACGCUUCUCGAGUAGCUUGUUUCUUGGAAGGUACUCUUCUUCACCAUAUCUUUGCAGAAAUUGUGUCUAUACCAGGCAGGUUGCCACCAUGACUAUGGACUUUCAGCACCCACGGCGUAAUUUAGCGUCACAUUGUUGCAAUCACAUUCAUAGCGCCGAACCUUCACCUUCCUUUCUCUCUCUAGUAAACUUUUAUCCUUAUAUCUAUACAUACAAUAGUUGUAUCUAAUAACCAAAUACAAUUACAAAUUCUGCCGCUCCAGCAAAAUUUUAUCUUCACUCAAUUACAUUGCAAAAAUUAAUAAAAAGUGCUCAACUAUACAUACACAUCCGUGUACUUAUAUAUGCAUAUAAAAUUGGCGCACCUAUAUUUCUCUCUCUCUCUCUCAUCGACUGGCAGUUAGAGAGAGAAAGGUCUUGCUUGAUACAGAGAUCCCUAUUCCGAUACUGCUCCCUGAACACCGGGAAUUUGCUGGUUUUCUUGAGGAAAGCACCGAUUUUUCUUCUAUUCGCCUCCUUUGAAUCGAGUUUCCGCCCAAUUGAGGUGGGAAUUUAUCCGCUUUGACUGCCGGCCGACCUUUCUUACGCCGCUGGAGUUUGUAAUCGUAAUUAGGGUUUUGAAGGGAGUUUUUGAGGAGGAUGAUAGUGAAGAAGAGCUUGAAAACGGUAAUGCCGAUUUUGAAACGGUGCCGAGUCGGCGACUCGGCCGGUGAUGACGACGAGUCAUCGGUCAAUCGGAAGAAACGCAAAACUUCCAAUGGUUAUUUUCCUCUGCAUCUCCUUGGAGAGGCUGCCGCCGGUAUAAUUCCAUUCAGUGGCUAUGGAAUUCAAAAUAUUAUCGCCAAGUCCGCCGCGGACGGACAAGGUGGAGGGGACGGCGCGGCUUCGGAAUCGAGGCGUGCAGAGCCGUUAAAAUCGAAGGAGGUCUCGCGGCCGCCGCUAGUGAGGACUUCGCGAGGGAGGGUCCAGGUAUUGCCUUCACGAUUCAAUGAUUCAAUUCUUGAUAAUUGGAAGAAAGAGAGUAAGAAUGCUGUUAGAGAUUCUGCUUUGGAUACAGAAUAUAUCCCAGUUAAACACAAGGACAACAAAUCGAGCUUAAAACCCCUGAGGAUUCACGACGAUGUGAACAUUCUUAGAAAGCAGAACGAGGAGAAGGCUAAGAAAUGCCGCAAGUUCUCGCCUUUGUCUGAGGAUGAGAUUGCGGAAUUGAGGAAUGAAAGUUUGAGAAGCAGUGAUAGUAAGAAGUAUAUGCGUCCACGUGAUUCUUUGGUGACAUUGCUUGAGCAGUCCGAAGACGAUUAUGAUGAUGAUGAUGAAGAAGUUGAUGAUGAUGACGAAGAUGAUGAUGAUGAUGAUGAUGAUGAUGAUGAUGAUGAUGAGUAUGAUGAGUGUAUAGAAAUAUGUGGUAUUGACACAUUGUAUAGUACCAAAGAUUUUGGUGAAGGUGAUAUAGUGUGGGCGAUACCUGGGAAGCAUUGUCCUGCUUGGCCAGCAAUCGUGCUCAAUCAAGAGUCGCAGGUGCCCGCGCAAGUGUUCAACUAUCAGAUUCCUGGUGCACUUUGCGUAAUGUUCUUCGGUUAUUCUGGCAAUGGGACACAAAGGGACUAUGCAUGGAUUAAAAGCGGGAGGAUAUUUCCAUUUGUUGACCAUGUGGACAGGUUCCAGGGGCAGACUGAACUUAAUGAUAGCAAGCCCAGUGAUCUUCGUUCUGCAAUAGAGGAGGCUUUUCUAGCUGAAAGUGGAUUCAACGAGAUGUUGAUGGUUGAAAUCAGUGCCGCAGCUGGCAAGUCACAUUAUCUUCACUCUCUUAGAAGACGGGUGUUUGAGGCUACUGAUUUAAAUCAGGAUCGACAGUGCAGCUCUGCAGAACCGCAGGAAGCUCAUACGAAGAAAGAAUCCCAAUCUUGUGAAGCAUGUGGAAUGAGCAUUGCUCCUUACCCAUCAAAGAAAAUAGCUGCUGGUACCAAUCGUCUGUGUACUUCUUGUACCAGGUUGAAAAAAAUGAAACACUAUUGUGGCAUAUGCAAAAAGAUUCGGAACCAAUCAGAUAAUGGAACUUGGGUGCGAUGUAAUGGUUGUAAAGUCUGGGUCCAUGCAGAGUGUGACAAAUUUUCGAAAAGAAAUUUCAAGGAUCUGGGAACAAGUGAUUAUUACUGCCCUGAAUGCAAAGCCAGGUUCAAUUUUGAGCUAUCUGAUUCAGAAACUUUGCAGUCUAAAAAUAAGAAAAAGAAUGGUAAAUUUGCAUUGCCUGACAAGGUUGCUGUCGUUUGCUGUGGUGUUGAGGGAAUUUACUUUCCAAGUCUUCAUCUAGUUGUUUGCAAGUGUGGGUCUUGUGGAAUGGAGAAGCAGGCACUCAGUGAAUGGGAACGGCACACAGGUUCGAGAACGAAGAACUGGAAAUCAAGUGUCAGGGUGAAGGGCUCCUUGCUACCUCUUGAGCAAUGGAUGUUACAGAUGGCUGAGUAUCAUGAACGUAGCCUUGUUCCUGCUAAACCUGUCAAGCGUCCUUCUAUCAAAGUGCGGAAGCAGAAGUUGCUUAAUUUCCUACAAGAGCACUAUGAACCUGUUUGUGCAAAGUGGACAACAGAGAGGUGUGCAGUUUGUCGGUGGGUCGAAGAUUGGGACUUCAACAAAAUUAUUAUUUGUAUUAGAUGUCAAAUAGCCGUUCAUCAAGAAUGCUAUGGAGCAAGAAAUGUUAGUGACUUUACUUCAUGGGUCUGUAGAGCCUGUGAAACACCUGAUAUUGAGAGGGAAUGUUGCCUCUGUCCUGUGAAAGGGGGUGCUCUGAAGCCUACAGACAUUGCUCCGUUGUGGGUUCAUGUCACUUGUGCUUGGUUUCAACCUGAAGUUUCUUUUGCAAGUGAUGAAAAGAUGGAGCCUGCCCUUGGAAUAUUGAGAAUUCCUUCAAGCUCUUUUGUGAAGAUUUGUGUAGUUUGCAAACAAAUCCAUGGUUCCUGUACACAAUGUAGCAAGUGUUCCACCUAUUACCAUGCAAUGUGCGCAUCAAGAGCAGGGUAUCGCAUGGAGUUGCAUUGCCUGGAGAAGAAUGGGAAACAACUUACGAAAAUGGUUUCAUACUGUGCCUAUCACAGGGCUCCGAAUCCAGAUACAGUUUUGAUUGUAGAAACCCCUAAGGGGACAUUCUCUACUAAAAGCUUGCUUCAAAAUAAAAGACACAUGGGAGCAAGGUUAAUUUCAACUAGCAGAUUGAAACUUGAGGAACCUCCUCCAGAGGAUACUGAGGAGGUCGAUCUAUUUUCUGCUGCUAGAUGUCGUAUCUACAAAAGAACAAAAAAGACAAGAAAGGAGGCAAUUGCCCACCAAAUUAUGGGGCCUCGUCAUCAUCCUAUGAGCUCAAUAUUGAGCUUAAAUGCAAAUAGAAAAAUAGAGAAGCCAAGGGACUUCUCCACUUUCAGAGAACGGCUUCAUCAUUUACAGAAAACGGAAAAGGAUAAAGUGUGCUUUGGUAGAUCUGAAAUACAUGGAUGGGGCCUGUUUGCACGUAGGAACAUCCUAGAAGGAGAAAUGGUUGUUGAGUAUCGUGGUGAGCAGGUCAGACGCAGCGUUGCAGAUCUUAGAGAGGCUCGAUAUCGAGCACAGGGAAAAGACUGCUACUUAUUCAAAAUCAGUGAAGAAGUUGUGGUAGAUGCCACGGAUGCAGGAAAUAUUGCUCGGUUGAUAAACCAUUCAUGUAUGCCCAACUGCUACGCAAGGAUAAUGAGUGUGGGUGAUGAUGAAAGCAGAAUUGUCCUCAUUGCUAAGACGAAUGUGCCUGCUGGGGAUGAAUUAACGUAUGACUAUUUGUUUGAUCCCGAUGAGCCUGAAGAAUUCAAAGUUCCUUGCAUGUGUAAUGCUCCAAAUUGUCGAAAAUUCAUGAACUAGGUUACGACAAAAUAGCCAUUGUUUCCUCCAAAGGAACUCUAACUUGUUUCCCCUUUGCAGAAGACCUCACCAAUUAGUCUGCUAACUUUGUAAAGUUUUUUAUUUUCGCUUCAAAGAAAAAUGUAAUUUUUUUCCCCCCAUUUUGAGAGCCUUACAGUUUUGAGGGGUACAAAUAACGGCCAUUGCUCAAUAGAGGGUAGAGCUUCAGGCAGUUUUGUGUAAAUUACAAAGUAUGAAGCAUGUAGUUCCAGAUAAAUAUGGCAUCAUUUGUUGUUAUUCUUUGGCAGAGGUUGUAAUAUUUCUUAGUGAAAAAAAAAAAAAAAUUGUUUGUGAUGGAAA